AUGACUUCAAAUACUGCCACAAGUGUAACUAGUUGUGAAACAUCAACUGCGUGUCGAGUAGCAGCAGACAAAUGUCAAAUUGUAUUGGCAGGUUUACAUGAUUCACUUGAUGGAUAUAGACAAUGUGCUGCAGAUACGAAAGAUACAGCUAUGAGAUUACUUUUUGAUAAGAUUGCAUCAAGUCGAGCUGAUCUUAUUUCUCUAUUAUCAAAUUCAAUUCGAGUUGAUUUAGGUGUUGAACCUAUAAAAUCAGGUUCACCUCUUGCAGCUGCUCAUCGAACAUGGAUCGAUGUUAAAGCUUGGUUUACUGAUGGUCGUGAUAAAUCAGCAAUUAUUUCUGAAGUUCAUCUUGGUGAAGAAGCUCUUAUUAAAUUAUAUGAAACAGCUAUUGAAGAUUCUGAUAUUCCACUUAAACUUCGAGAUCUACUUCAUGCACAAGUUAAAAUAAUCAAAGAACAAAAUGCAUCUGUUGAUGCUAUUUAA